AUGCCUGACACCGAGGCGCAGGAUCAAGCGGGUCCCUCUAAGCAAAUUCGCAUUCCCAACAAGCACAAGCGACAGGAAGUCUUUCGGCGACAGCAAAAGGAAAAGAAGAAGGAGAAGCUCGAGCGACGAAUUCGACUCAGAAAGGAGGAAAGGGGAGAAGAAGGAGCUUUGAAGAAGAAGGCUCGACUGGAGGCGAAUGUGCCGACGACGAUCGAGAGCACUCGACUGUACAAUCCCACCAUCAUCAAUGCGCCCAAUACGCACGCUGGUCCUGGUCCCUCGAACCGGCUCCCACAAUCCGACGCUGAACACAGCGACGCGGAGGCAGCGGCGGGCGAACGCGACGCAGAGGAAGGUGCAGAGCUGACGGGCAACGCGGAAUCAGAAUUCGAUCCGGAGGACGAUCCUCAUGCACCUCCUGCGCUGCUCAUUACCACUUCUCUAACCUCCAACAGCGUUACUCCACACCUCCGCUCCGCGAAAGCGCGCAGCAAAGUGAGCGAGAGGACGCAAAUGUUUAUCGACGAAUUGUUGAACGUCUUUCCAGGCGCCGAGUACAGGCAAAGGUCAAAAGCCAAAGGAGCGGGUCUGGGCAAGAUUGCAGGAUGGGCGAGGGGAAGGGGAUACGGUGGGAUGCUGGUGGUAGGCGAAGACAAGAAGGAGCCGGUCUCGAUCACUAUCAUCGGUUUGCCAGUUGGACCUACCGCUUUCUUCAGAUUGACGAGCAUCAGCAUGGGCCCGGAAAUCUACGGACAUGCGCGAUCCACUCCUCACACGCCCGAGCUGAUUCUCAACAACUUCACCACGACGCUGGGCCAUUCGGUCGGUAGACUGUUGCAGAGCCUUUUUCCCAGGGUGCCGGAAUUGGCGGGCAGACAAGUCGUCACGGCGCACAAUCAGCGCGAUUUCAUCUUUUUCAGGAGACAUCGGUACAUGUUCAAGAGCACGGACAAGACGGCGCUGCAGGAGAUCGGACCUAGGUUCACCAUAAAGUUGAGAAGUCUGAAGCAGGGCCUGCCAAAAGGCGCAGGCGCGUGGGAUGGCGAGGUGCAUUUCGAUGGCAAGGCAGAUGAAGCCACUGCAUCCACAUCGGCGGAGGAUGCCCUUGCGCAGAAUGAAGAGGCCUUGGGUGAAGCUCAAGCCCAGCGCGAAAUAGCCUCUGCCGAAGACGCACGCUCGAACAAGCGCAAAGCUUCCUUCACACAAGACGCCAAGGACGCACAGGCGACCCCUGCGGCGGUGGAGGACAACGAAGGCCUCGCUUUCGAAUGGCACCCUCGCAUGGGAGUCAACAGACGCAACUUUUACCUCUGA